CCGGUGGAUUUGGCCGGCAGGCAUCGGAAGCAAGGGAGCGAGUGGCACUUCACUCCAUGGCGAGAAGUCAGCUUGUCGAGGAAAAGCGAGAGAGAGGGAGAGAGAAUCAUCGCAAAGCUAUAGUAGAGGACGGUUUUUAGAAUUGUUGGCGUCCACACUCUUCGCUCUUGUCCUCUUCUACACCUGAGCUUGAGCUGAAGAGAGAAGGAGAGAGGGGGAGAGGAAUCGGCGGAGGAGCCGAUCCGGAGAUCUGACGGGGGAGAGCCGGUGGGCAUGGAUUUCGACGACCAUGAUGAGGGGGAGGAGGAGAUGGAUUUGCCUAUGGGUUCUAGUUACGACACUCCCAUGGAGAAUUCAGGUCGAGGAGGAGGAGGAGGUGGUGGAGCGAAGAUGGGCGGAGGAGGGGAAUCAGCGGGAACGAUGGCGGUGGGGGGUUCAGGCCAUCGUAAAGCAUACGGUGGGGGAGGUGGAAGAGGGAGGUAUAGGGAGUGCUUGAAGAACCACGCGGUGGGGAUCGGGGGGCACGCGGUGGACGGUUGCGGAGAGUUCAUGGCGGCCGGGGCGGAAGGGAGCCUCGACGCGCUCCGUUGCGCCGCCUGCGGCUGCCACCGCAACUUCCACCGGAAGGACCCCGAGGAAGGUGGCGCGGGGGGAGGAGGGGCCUCCUGGGGUGGUGGUGCAAUGGAGAUCUCAGGGUACCACUCCCAGUUCUCGCCCUACUACCGGACGACGGCCGAGUUCCUCCACCACCACCACUAUGCGGCGGCGGCAUUCGCGGGGCAGCAGCACAGGGCAGCGCCUUUGGCUUUGCCGUCGACGUCGGGCGGAGGAGCGCAGAGCAGGGAGGAGCAGGAGGACAUGUCGAACCCCACGAUGGGCGGCGGUGCCAGCGGAGGAGGCAUGGCGGCGUCGGGGUCGGGGGCGAGGAAGAGAUUUCGGACCAAGUUUACGCAGGAGCAGAAGGACAAGAUGCUGGCCUUCGCGGAGCGGCUGGGGUGGCGGAUUCAGAAGCACGACGAGGCUGCGGUGCAGCAGUUCUGCGAGGAGACGUGCAUCAAGCGGCACGUCCUCAAGGUGUGGAUGCACAACAACAAGAACACCCUCGGUAAGAAACCCUAAAUCUUCCUCCUCCUCCCGAUUAAGGAAGGUUUCUUCUUCUUUCCUUUAGUCCUUUGGUCUGCUAGGUAGGUGGUGUUGUUUUGAUCCCCUUGAUCCUUUUAGCUGUUUGCAUCUCCAUUUCUUCUUCUUGUUCUGGUGUUGGAUUUCAACGGAGGCUUGUGAUGGUUGAUUGAUGAUGGGUGGGUCGCUCUUACGUGAUCUUAAUGAUGGAGGACAGUGCGCCAUUGCUCGUUACCUUGUUGGUGAUGUAGUGCAGUGUGGGUUGUCAACACCGGAGAGAUGGGUGGGACCGUGUGAUCGUAAGGAUGAUUUCCCUAAUGGCAAGGCUCAUUGAAUCUUAA